UUUAUUUAUUUGUAUGAUUUCACUCUCGUAUACAGGAAAAAUGGCGCUGUUUGACGUUUGUCUUCCUUCUCUGUCCUGGCCCCAGGACUGUACCGCUUCACUUUUUGGAGCAAAGGGCAAGUCUACCAGUAGACUGUAUGACCCUCCGUACAGCACCAGCCCUGGUUUUAUUUUUCCACCUGGCUACGAUACGGUUGCGUUUCUCAAGCCAUACACUACAGGAGAUGAAAAGGUGAAGCUGGAAUUUAACCAUGGCACAACUACUUUGGCAUUUAAGUUUGAACAUGGCGUUAUUGUGGCGGUGGACUCCAGAGCUUCUGCUGGGAAAUAUAUAUCCACUCAGUAUGCUAACAAAGUAAUUGAGAUAAACCCCUAUCUUCUGGGUACCAUGUCUGGAAGUGCUGCAGACUGUAUGUACUGGGAGCGAUUACUGGCUCAGCACUGCAGAAUAUACAGACUCCGAAACAAGGAAGAAAUAUCAGUCUCAGCAGCUUCCAAGUUAUUGUCUAAUAUGCUGUCUGAGUACCGGGGGAUGGGACUGUCUAUAGGCAGCAUGAUAUGUGGAUGGGACAAAAAGGGUCCAGGCCUGUAUUAUAUAGAUGAGAGUGGCACACGACUGUCAAACUACAUGUUUUCCACUGGCUCCGGCAGUUCUUAUGCGUAUGGGGUAAUGGAUAGUGGCUGGAGGCAAGAUCUGUCAGUGUUAGAGGCAUAUGACUUGGCACAACGUGCCAUAUAUCAUGCCACUCAUCGUGACGCAUAUUCUGGUGGAACUGUCAACAUGUACCACAUGAAGAAGGAUGGCUGGAUCAAAGUGUCCCAGGAAGAUGUUGGAGAGCUACAUGACAAAUAUGCCGAAGAGAAGAAAUGACUUCCUGUAUAUAAAGAUUUUGUAAAUUGCCAAAUGCUUGUCAAAAUGGCACUAAUAUCUAUUACUUGAGAAAUAACUGCAUUAAUGUGAAAGACAUCACAGAGUACAUUCUAAGUCUAAGAUGUUAAAAACAGUAGCAUUGAAUCAGUUUAUGCAACUGCAUGUAUUUAAAAUAAAUCAAUUUGCUAAGAAGUCUUAAAUAUACAUUUUCCAUAGCAGGUGUGCAUGUAUGCUUGCAUGUCUCUCUCUCUCUCUCUCUCUAUAUAUAUAUAUAUAUAUAUAUAUAUAUAUAUAUAUAUAUAUAUAUAUAUAUAUAUAUAUAUAUAUAUAGGCCCAUUAUCAGUGUAUGCAGCACUCCUUAGUGACCUGCCAGCACUGACACUUUCACAGUCAUCAGAUAUGCUGAAGUAAUAAAAGAUGGUUCUUGAAGUUUCAAAACAAUUUUUCUGUAGACUACUUUCAAGAGGCUCACUUUUCACUAACACUUAACCAAGUGCUGCGGCAUGUUAUAAAAUUAAAAUUGAAAUAAUUAGUAUUCCCAAACGUCACCAAAUUUACUGAGAGCCAGUGGAAAAAAAUCAGUGCUGUAAUCCACUUGAAAUGCAAUAUGUUGUUCCCAGUGUAAAGAUACAGAUAUUGUAAUUGUGUGGGAGAGUUAUCACCAACUUCACUUCCUAAAUCCCCUUACUUAAAGAUCAUGUGCAAAGAUGUUUUUUUUUAUCAUUUCUUUUCACGGUAAUUAUGUUGUCAUUGUCUAAAGUGUGUUUUUCAGUUUUUAAAUAAUCCUUACUUUGGUUGCUUCACUGGAACCAUAUUUAUUAACUUUAAUACACUUAAGUUUGUAUUUACUGUCAUUGAAGAGCUGGCAGGACAAAAAGCUUGUAGUGGGUUUCAUAUUUUCUGUAAUCUGGAGCAAGCUUCAACACAAAAAGUGAUGCAGACUGUAGCAGAGUAAAUCAGUAAAUAACUAAAUGCAUUUAUAUUCAAACAAAAAGUAACCGGACUAAUCCAGUCAAAGUACAAGCCAUAGAUGUCCUUCUGUUCCCAUGAUGCAGUAAUCAUAAGAUGAGGGAUUCCCCGCAUAGGUGACCCGAACAUGCGGCCAGUAUACCAGGCCAGCAUACCAAAGACUUAAACUACUGUUAGAAACAGCUGGCAACCAUAAAAGUGACAUCUGCAUGUACCAUCCUCGGAACUUCUCUGUCACCAGUCUGAACGAGAACUUCUACCAUUCAUCUGAUUGCCAAAGUUAUUCUACAUUCAGAUAAGUGCCCCAUUGGGGAAAACUUUUAUUUGUGCUUUUGCUACUGCAUGCUUGUUAGAGGUUAAUGUCAUCCAAGAAGGACAAGUGCCACUGUGAAAUACAGAUUCCACACACAGGCAACCACAACCAGUGUCUUUUCUGUCUGUUUUCCAGUCACGACUACAAGGCAUGUGCCGUUUGUCAGGAGUUUUUUCCUAAAACACUCCGCAGUCAUCUGUCUUCCCUUAAUAUAUAUCUUGAGAACCAGAGACUAAAGUGACUAGCACUCGUAUGGAAAGUACUUCACGUCCAUUAGGUGAGCCCCCGAUGAAAAAGUUAAGACUGUGCCUCUGAUCCUGAACAUCCAUCUCCAGGCCGUUAAGGCCCGGAGCUAUGUACCGUGCCUGGUCGUCGUCCUUCUGUAGGUACUGAUUUAGAAGCCACUAAUAUCCUUCCCCAUCUAUCCUUCACCAUGUCCACAGAGGCAUCACAGACGUCUGCUAUGGACGAUAAGGGGGAACCACAGCUCACUCCAUUGGAUGUUCCUCACAAUAUCUCUCCUGCCUUUUCUAUUGAGGUUUUGCUGAUGCUGGGGCCAAUAAGGGGGAACCACAGCUCACUCCAUUGGAUGUUCCUCACAAUAUCUCUCCUGCCUUUUCUAUUGAGGUUUUGCUGAUGCUGGGGCCAGAACUUAUGUCUGCAUUGUCCCAUCCCUCCCAGCCUAGGGCAGGCCUUCCACUCAAAAUGAAACCCAAACAAAAAUGUGUCUCCCACUCAGGAUCCAUCCCCAGACUGGAAAGCUUUCUGUCAAGGAAUCUUGAAUGCCUUUCUGGCUAAGGACUUCCAAUUUGCAAACUCUAGCAUCUCCUGUCUCCCCCUCCACCCAGGAGUACUGCUGUUGAACAAGAGGUCUGUGAAGAAGAGGAUUCAUCUUCAGAUGAGUCUCUGGCCUACUCCACUCAAAUUGACUCUUCUCUGGGUUAUCCCCAGCUUGAAGUUGAUUCCAACGGUGGAGACUCUCCUGAAGAGGAUAUUACAUUUGAGGAAUAUACCUCCAGAAUGAGGGAAUUUUUCAAGUGAGGAAAGCUCAUAGGUUUCGGAAGUACAAAAUAGAUACAAUGACCUCUUACAAAUAGACUCUCCUGCCCCCUCAACCAUCCUGUCUAUGUUUCUAUCUUUUCAAGAUGCCUUUCUUGCAACAUCCAAAAACCCUGACUCUCAACCUCCUGUUCCCAAAAGGCUAGACAGGUUCUAUAAAGUCACUGAAUAUACUUUACUGUAGUUCUGUCAUUACGAUGAUUCACAUACCCUAGUUUUCUUCCUAAAGUGAAAGUCCCAUGACAGACAACUAUUACAGCGUUGUAUCCACAUUAUUAAUGUAUGCUAAUCACUGUACAUUUUAUUGGGGCUGUUAUCCUCUUCUUGUGUGCUUUUGUUACCAUUUACUUAAAUAUAACUUCAUUUAAUUAUUA